AUGGAGGGGUCUGUGCUGAUGCUGGGGCUGCUGGUUGCCCUGGUGGUGUGUGGCAGCUGGGGCCUGAACGAGGAGGAGCGGCUGAUCCAGUACCUCUUCAAAGAGAAGGGUUACAACAAGCAGCUCCGACCCGUGGCACACAAGGAGGAGAGCCUGGACAUCUCGCUGGGCCUCACGCUCUCCAACCUCAUCUCCCUGAAAGAAGUCGAGGAGACCCUCACCACCAACGUGUGGAUUGAGCAUGGCUGGACAGACAGCCGGCUGCAGUGGGAUGCCGAGGAGUUUGGGAACAUCAGCGUCCUGCGCCUGCCCUCUGACAUGCUGUGGCUUCCAGAGAUCGUGCUGGAGAAUAACAAUGACGGCUCCUUCCAGAUUUCCUUCCCCUGCAACGUGCUCAUCUACCCCUCAGGCAAUGUGUACUGGCUGCCGCCUGCCAUCUUCCGCUCCUCCUGCCCCAUCUCCGUCACCUACUUCCCCUUUGACUGGCAGAACUGCUCCCUCAAGUUCAGCUCGCUCAAGUACACGGCCAAGGAGAUCACCCUGAGCCUGAAGCAGGAGAUGUAUAAGAAUCGUACCUACCUCGUGGAGUGGAUCAUCAUUGACCCGGAGGGCUUCACAGAGAACGGGGAGUGGGAGAUCAUACACCGGCCAGCCAGGGUCAACGUGGACCCCAGCGUCCCACUGGACAGCCCCAGCCGCCAGGACGUCACCUUCUACCUUAUAAUCCGCCGCAAGCCACUCUUCUAUGUCAUCAACAUCUUGGUGCCCUGUGUGCUCAUCUCCUUCAUGGUCAACCUGGUCUUCUACCUGCCAGCGGACAGUGGUGAGAAGACAUCGGUGGCCAUCUCAGUGCUGCUGGCACAGUCGGUCUUCCUGCUGCUCAUCUCCAAGCGGCUGCCCGCCACGUCCAUGGCCAUCCCGCUCAUCGGCAAGUUUCUGCUCUUUGGCAUGGUGUUGGUGGCCAUAGUCGUGGUGAUCUGUGUCAUCGUGCUCAACAUCCACUUUCGAACGCCCAGCACCCACGUGCUGUCCGAGGGCGUCAAGAAGCUCUUCCUGGAGACCCUGCCCGAACUCCUGCACAUGUCCCGCCCAGUGGAGGAUGGGCCCAAUCCCAGGGCUCUGGUCCGCAGGAGCAGCUCCCUGGGCUACAUCUCCAAGGCUGAGGAGUACUUCUCCCUCAAGUCCCGCAGUGACCUCAUGUUUGAGAAGCAGUCGGAGCGGCACGGGCUGGCCAGGCGCCUCACCACCGCACGCCGGCCCCCACCGGGCUCUGAGCAGAGCCAGCAGGAGCUCUUCAGUGAGUUGAAGCCAGCUGUGGAUGGGGCCAACUUCAUUGUCAACCACAUGAGGGACCAGAACAACUACAAUGAGGAGAAGGACUGCUGGAACCGGGUGGCCCGCACCGUGGACCGACUCUGCCUGUUUAUGGUGACGCCCAUCAUGGUGGUGGGCACAGCCUGGAUCUUCCUGCAGGGAGCCUACAAUCAGCCUCCCCCUCAGCCUUUCCCUGGGGACCCCUUCUCCUACCAAGAGAAGGACAAGCGAUUUGUAUAG